AUGGAUCGAAAGCUACGUCAGAACAAGCCUCGCUUGUUGCUGAUGGGCCAGCGACGGAGUGGCAAGUCGUCCAUCACCAGUGUAGUUUUCCACAAGAUGCCUCCAUCAGAGACCCUCUUCCUCGAGUCCACUACACGUAUUCAGAAAGACUCGAUGCACUCCUUCAUGGAUUUCCAGGUUUGGGACUUCCCUGGCCAACUGGACUAUUUCGACCCGACAGGCUUCGAUGCUGCCGAGAUCUUCUCUGAGAUUGGCGCUCUUGUCUGGGUUAUCGACGCACAAGAUGACUACACCGAGUCGUUGAACCGCCUUACCUAUUUCAUCGUCAAUAUUCAAAACAAUUACCCACACAUCAAUGUCGAGGUCUUUGUCCACAAAAUUGAUAGUCUCAAUGAGGAACUCCGAGCCGACGUGUUUCAAGAUAUUGUCCAGCGAGUUGGCGAUGAGCUCAGUGAUGAAGGAUACAUCAACCCCAAUGUCAGCUACCACUUGACCUCAAUUUAUGACUACUCCAUCUUCGAGGCCUUCAGCAAGGUCAUUCAGAAAUUGAUCCCGCAACUCAACACCUUGGAGAAUUUGUUGAACAUCUUGGUCAACAGCUGUGGCAUGUCCAAAGCCUACUUGUUCGAUAUUCUCAGCAAGAUCUACGUCGCCAGUGAUACCAGGCCAAUCGACAUGGAGGUGUAUGAGAUGUGCUCUGACUAUAUUGAUGUCAUUGUGGAUGUCACCGAUAUCUUCGGAUAUGAUCGCAAAGAAGGCGCGAUGGCGAGAGAACAGAUGCAAGAGGCAGAGUCGUCUGUCAUCAUUCACGAUGGUACCAUGAUCUACCUCAAGGAGAUGAAUCGGUACCUUUGUCUCGUGACCGUUAUUAAGAAUAACCGGGCCAAGGACAAGAAAGGAUUGAUUGACUACAACUGCCACGUCUUCCAAGAUGCAUUGAAGGAAGUUUUUGCUCGGGGAUGGGAAAGAAAGAAGAGAGAUGAGAAUGGCGAGACCACAGAAAGGAGAAUUGGUAGGAUAAUGGCAGAGGCUACUGACGCUGAAACUACCGAAGAGUAUUGA